AUGCUGUCGCUCGCGACGCUAACGCCUGGCGAUGAUGCUCCCGGUCCUCUCUCCCCUGCUCCCGGCGGUCGUCGUCGCCUCAAGCUCGACAAAGCCGGCCGACCCGCCGUGCCUUGCGCCGCCGCCUCUUCUGGCCAUGGCGGAUCCUCCGCUGGCCUUGCUGCUCUUUCCGCCACUAGCGGGAUUGGCAGUCACAGGUUUCCCGGCUUAUUUGACGGCGCAUCCAGUGGCAGAAUUUACUCGGAAUUUAGAGGCGAGAGGGGGGAAUAUCCCCUUCAAAAUGGGGAAUACCCCCUUGAGAGGGGGAAGUACCCCCUUGCCGUCGUUCCGGACCUCCGCGCAAGCGACCUCGGGAGUUCCGCCGCGGACGCGCUGCUAGAAACAGACCCUGACGCGCCCGCCGGCGCAAACGCUUCCGCCGACGCGGACGAUGACGUCAGCAUCGACAUUCCCGUUGACUUGGACAGGCUUUUCCGCAAGUGCGCGGAGCAGCAGCAGAUGCUGCGCGAGGCGGAAGGCGGAGGGGGAACGGGCGGAAGAGGACUAGGGGGGGAUGCUGCACGGCACUUGACGACCUUGGCGGAAGCGGGGAAACAUGGGAUGACCAAGCUAUGGGCGGUUCUAGGGACAGGCGGUAAGGCUGCUUUAGGGGCAACAGGAGCGGUAUUUCCUUCCAGUGGGUCUCGGGGGAGUGACGAUCAUAGGGAUGAUCCCGAGGGAAGAGCGGAAGAAAAUAGGGGAGAGGGACGAGGUGGGGAGCAGGCCGUGAAGGGAGCUGCUACUGCUGCUGCUACUAACGAGUAUAAAGCAAUGCAUUUUCGGAGCAAGUCAGUGGCGGAGGGUCGGACAGGCUACAUUGGCCUAUCAGGGCCCGACACGUCACCAGGGGAGAAUGGCAGCAGCAGCGGCGCGAAUUCCAAGACCACGAACAGGAGCGCUAACAGCGAAAAUAGCGACGGCAGGAACACUAACAGUCACAAUACUACCAAGUCAGCCGGCCUUUGGCAUCGACAAUCCCUCUCCUUCCACCAUCACCACCAGCACUCCAAAUCCGUCACGUCUGUUCCGUCGGAUUUCCAGGCGGGGCUUGGCCCAACGGUCUUACCGUCGUCAGCAGCAGCAACGGCAACAGCAGCACCAGCACCAGCAGGAGCAGCAGCACGAGCAGGAGGAGCAGCAGCGGCAGAGGCUUUGGAUGAGUCUGUUUUGUCUGUACUCAGAUUUGAGCCCAACGCUGCUGCUGCCAGGAUGCGAGUCGAGACCGCUAAGGGUGUGACCCUCUUACUAGAUGCUUCCACUGGGCAGAUUCUAGCUGCUAGCGAAGCAGCUAAUAGGGAGGCUGGAGGGGCUGCACCAGGAGCAAAGGAGGAUGGGGAAGGCGGGAUGGGGCGCGAGGGACAGACUCAGCAGCAACAGCAGUUGCUGGUAGGUCGAUCGGUGUUUGAGUUGACUAACGGCAAGAUGACUAUAGCGAACUGGCAGGCAGCAGUGGCGGCGCUGCCCCCCGAUAGAGUCACAGAGAGCGUCAUUCUGAGGUUGAGGCGCACUGCUGUGCAACAGGACGAGCUGGCUCUGCUGGUGGGAAGCAUUUGCGCGUUCAGGAGGGAGAAAGGAGGAGGAGGGGGAGAGGGGGGAGGAAAGAGUGGGAGGGAAGGGGAAGAGGAGAGGAGACGGCUGGUUGGUGAGGAGUAUGAGGAGAGAGCAGAGAGGAAAGGGAUGGGGAUGGUGGGCAGGAGGGAAGGAAGGUAUGAGAGAGGGGUGGAGGAGAGAGGGAUGAAGGAUGGGAAGCGAAGGGGGCUGGAGCACAGGCAGCAGCGGCUGGGUUCAGAAAAAGGAGGGGGUUAUGGAGCGAGGCAGCAGAGGCGAGGGGGCGGCGGUGGUAAGAAAGAGAGUGACUGUAGUGAGAGUGACUGUAAUGAGGAUGGUUGUAGCGAGGGAGAUGGUGAGGAGAGUGGGAGCAGCGAGGAGGGGAGUGUGGGUGACCGACCGAGCCAGAAGCCGAAUGGACGGCGAGAUUUGUCCUCUAGCAAGGGGGUCAGAGGCUCAGGUGAUGGCGGGGUUGCGAGUGGGGUGAGGGAGAGGGGGAGGUGGAGUGAAGAGGGGAAGGGGGAGGUAUGGAGUGAGAAGGAGGAGGUGAGGAGGAGGGGGAGGGAACGAAGGUAUAGUAUUGGGAGUUUGGCCGAGUUGGCAGGGGAGAAGCAGCAAAAGCAGGAGAAGCAGCAGAAGCGGGAGAAGCAACAUAGGCAGCUGAAGCAGGGAAGGCAGGAAAAGCAGGAAAGGCAAGGGAAGCAGGAAACAAAGGCUUCAGAACUUUGUGGGUCAGAGUUUGACGAUAUGGAGGGAGAUGCAGAGGGGACAGGUGGAGCGAGAGGGAGAAGGGGGGAUGGUAGAGGGUUGAGGAGUAAAGGGGACGGGGAAGGGAGGAUAUCUGAGGGGAGGGUAUCUGAGGGGAGGGUAUCUGAGGGGAGGGUAUCAAAACGGAUGGUUUCAGAAGGGAGGAACGGGUCGAUGCAGACCGAUGAUGAGGAGGAGGAGAGAGGAGGGAAGAAGAUGGGGAUGCAUCUGAAAAUGGCACCAGGAGAGGAGGAACAAAGGGCGGAGAUGAGUGAGGGAAGGCAGGAGAGGAGGGAGGAGAGGAAGGAGAGGGAGGAGAGGGAGGAAUGGGAGGAGAGAGCAGAAUGGGAGGAGAGGGAGGAAUGGGAGGAGAGGCACGAGAGGGAUGAGAGGGAGGACAGGGAUGAGAAGGAGGAGAGGCAGGAGAGAAAGGAGAGGAAGAUGAGGGAAGCAGAGGAUGUGAGAAGGGCCAAGGAGCAUGACAAUGGGCGGUCAAGUGUGUUGGGUAGUGUGCCGCCCUUUCUUCGUAACCUGCGAUCCAAGAGCCUCGUUGACUUGCCGCUGUGGCGGCGCAGGGUGGUGGGAGGUGAUAGUGAAGGGGGCUCUACUGGUGCUGACACGGAUGGUGGUGGUGAUGCUGAUGAUGGGAGUGAUGAUGAUUUUGAAACCUCCAAUUCCUCCCGCCCGGUUUCAGUGCGCCGCAGAGCACAAGCUGCCAAUUCCUCCCGCCCGCUCAAGUUAGCCCUGGGGAAGAAUCAAGAGGCGUCUGGAAAGGCCACCUUCCUUCCUCGCUCCCUCACCACCACCUCCUCCUCCUCCAGUCCCCUCAAGGUAGCUCUCAGGAAGAAUCAAAAGAUGCUUGAAAGCUCAAGCACCCACCAGAGAACAGAGAACCCUGCAUCUUUGCCUCUCUCUCUCACCACCACCUCCUCCUCCUCCAGUCCCCUCAAGGUAGCUCUCAGGAAGAAUCAGAAGACGGCUGGAAACUCAAUCCCCCACCAGAGAACAGAAAACCCUGCCUUCUUGCCUCGCUCUCUCACUUCCUCCUCCUCCUCCUCCCGGCCUCUCAAGAUUGCGUUGGGCAAGAAGGUGAGGAGGCUGGAGGUUGGGCUUCGAGUGAGUGCGAUUGCUGGGGGAGGGAAGGUGGCAGGUGGGGAGGAUGAGGCCACGGGGAGACAACAGGCCAUGGGGAUGCAGAGGAGAGAGGUGGAGGGGAGGGAGUUUGCUGGUGGGGAGCGGAAGGAAGCGAGGGAGAGAGAGCGGGCUGUGAAGGCACCAGGCGCCUCCGCCUCCCACGCCGACACUGCUGCUGUCUCGGCUAUCAAGGUUGGGUCUGUGCGUUCACCUCAUUCCACCGCCACUGCACGGGACGAGGGUGCACCAAGGAACAGGGUGCCACCAGUGCCCCCAGUGCCAAGGCAUUGCUCCAUCUCCCCCCAGCCCUCAGCAUCCAGGGUCUCUGUUUCUCGUUCACACCCUCCCCACCCCUCUCCACCGCUCCUCAUCUCCUCCCCAUCUCCUCCCUCUGCCAGCCGCCUCCCCCCUUUGGUGGGCCAGAAAGGCCAUUCUCGCUCCCACUCUUUCUCCGCAGGCAUGCAACAGAGCCGUUACCAGAAUCAGUCGAGAAGGGGGGGAGUAGUGGGGAGGGGAGUAGGAAACAGAGAAGGAGGAGAAGGAGGAGGAGGAGAUCGAGGAGGGGAAGGGGGUAAGGUGAGUGUGAGGCGAGGAAAGGGUUUGCCAGCAAGCCGAAGCCUUGACUGGGAUGCAGUGGUGGGAGAGAGAGAGGGCGGAGAGAGGAGGGAGCAGAAAGGGAGGAGGGAUAAGGGGAGAGACGGGACGAGAGAGGGGGACAGGGAGGAGGAAAGCAGGCGGAGGAGGAGGGAGAGACGUUCUUUAGGAGCAGUAGACGUGGAGAGGUGGUUGGCUGGCGCUGUUGAUGGCGUGGGGGGGGUUGAGGAGCCGCAAGGAGCAGGGGAGGAAGACAUGUAUCCUCGUUUAGAGCUGAUUCCGUACAGCUUUGAAGAGCUGCAAAGCUACAGCUGGGGGCCUGAAACAACCAGUGGGUAUUAUGGGCAAGGCGAAGGCCAUGAGGGCAUGUAUCAUAAUGGGAUGGUUCAUGAUAUGGUUCAAGAUGGGAUGGUUCCAGGCAUGGUUGAGGCUUUUGGGAUGGGUGGAGGUAUGGGGGUGGCGCUUCACACUAGCAACCACGUGGAGCAGCAGCAGCAGACACAGCCGCAGCAGCAGACACAGUCGCAGCAACAGCAGCAGCAACAGCAGCAGCAGAAGCAGCAGCGGCAUCAGCAGCAAAAACAGCAGGAGCAUCAGGAGCAACAACAGCAGCAGCAGCAGCAGCAGCAGCAGCAGCAGCAGCAGCAGCAGCAGCAGCAGCAGCAGCAGCAGCAGCAGCAGCAGCAGCAGCAGCAGCAGCAGCAGCAGCAGCAGCAGCAGCAGCAGCAGCAACAGCAGCAGCAACAGCAGCAGCAGCAGCAGCAGCAGCAUCUGCCCAAGUCUCCCCUGUACCAAUCCACACCUUCCACAAAUCUCUCCUCUUAUUCGCCACACCAAGGGAGGGGACCCCUGGCUUUGACUGCAUACAGAGCAGCAGCAGCUGAAGAAGUUGAAGGCGUACCAUCGGGACCUAUCUCCCAUGCGCCUGCCUCUUUCCCCAUCCUCCAUACAAGCUAUCUCGACCCUCCGUACCUGUCUCCGCCGCACAACACCGCAGAGCUGCAGCCAAGUCGUGAGUUCAAAUAUUGUUCAGUGAAAAUGGCAGAGUAG